UACGUGUCCGCUUCUUCACACUUCCAUAUGCUCGGUGUAAUGUUUAGUCCAGAGAGAAAAACAAUGGAAGUCCGAGAGAUCGAGAAGUAGAGAAAGUGAGAGAUGCAUCGCCAACGAAAAAAAUUAGCAAGACUUCUCUGUUGCUCUAAUCAACAAAAACAAAUUACUAGAUCUAAUAAAAUCACCAACAGAUCAGUUUCCGAAGAAGACGAUUCAGCUGGUCUCGCUCCCAUUAACUCACUUCAUCGAACGAUUCUUUACCCUCUUAACUCAUUACUUCUUUCUCAAUCGUCUAAUUUCCCUAUUUCAAGGUUUCUCUCUGUUUCUCUUCGACAGGUUGGGAUGUAGUUAACUAUCAAAAUUCAAUCAGAUUUUAGUCAAUUCAAAUUUGUAUUCAAUCAAAAUUCGCUGGUCAUAUUCAGAUGGGCGAUUUGUUGCUAUUGCAUUGGGGGAUUAUGUGUUGUGUAACGUCCAAUCCCUUCGGCAAGGAAUAGAAGAUAAAAUCACCACGUCCAAUUAGUGGCUUAUUCUCUUGUUUUCUUGUUCUCGGCUGAUGGAUUAGCAACGGCAUCAAUGGGAACUCUACAAAACCAUCUUCUCCGCCUCAUCAAUCGUCUGUUGGUGGAGAAAGGACGGAUUAUCGAAAGCAUUAACUAUAGCUGAAGGAACGACUGUUUCUGAUGUUUGCCGAAGGAUGGCUGCUCGAAGAGUUGAUGCAGUGCUUCUUACUGAUGCAAAUGCUUUACUCUCUGGAAUCGUUACUAACAAGGAUAUUGCAACUAGAACUAUUGUUGAAGGGUUAAGACGAGAACAGACGAUAGUUUCCAAAGUAAUGACAAGGACCAGUAUUUGUGGCAUCUGAUUCAUUGAGAUGAGUGUUAGUAUUCAUCUGAUUCCAAGUAAGAUAGCUAUUGAGGCUUUGCAAAAGAUGGUUCAGGGUUAGUAUUUCUUUUUGUAAGUUUAAAUGAUUUCCUUGGUUUUGAAGGUACUAAUUUCAGUACCACUGAAAUACAAAUCAAGAUCGCACUGUGCGGGUAUAUUUUUUCAGGUCUCUUUACUACUUCAGUUUCCCUGUAGUUUCUUUCUUGUCGAACAGAACUACGUAAAUUUGGGUUAUGAAUGCAAAUAGACUCUUGAGAGCAUGAGCAUAGGUUUGACUCUGUUGAUCUGCUUAGCUCUAACUUGACUACAACUUGGCAUUUAGAUCUGUAAUGUGAAUAUCAUCUAAGAAACAAUAAAUCAAUGGGAAAGGCAUAGAAUAAAAAAAAAAAGAGAGCGCCUUCUCAAUUUCAUAUGGGUCAUAUGGUGAUCUGUUGAACUUGAACAUUUGUAUUUGAUGUCCCUCUUCAAGCUACAAAAAGAUGAACCACUUCUUUUUUAUGUUUAGUUUCAUUCUUUAUAUAUCAUGUAUUUGAGCUGUCAACAGUGUUUGUCAUUUGCUUAUAAGACACUUUCUCAUGAACAGUCCUGCUCAUGUGAUGUCUCUGUUGGAAAUCGUUUGCACGGAUACGACUUCUGCCCAAGUAAUUCUUGAUCUCAUGAUAGUUGGCAAAGCCAUAAAGAAAGUAUCUGUAAUAGUGGAGAACUGUACCGGCUUUGCAGUUAAACGUACUUUCUUCCCAUAUGGACAAGGGGCACAUAUUUUGGUACACCUGAGUGUGGAUUUGUUCAGAUCGACAGAUUGGUCAGAGAGUUUGGCAUUUCCAUUGGACAUUUCCAACUUCAGGACAUAGCUGGAUAUGGAAUUGGAAUUGCCGCUGUUAAAGUGUUAGCCUCCUCCUUCGGAGAUCGAAUUUUCAAGAGUCCACUGAUCUUGUAAUGAAGUACGGGAGAAAUGAUUUUGAUGUUUCAGGUAAACUAAAUGGUAAAGGGAAGCAGGCAAAACCCCGAUCCAACCGUAGUUCCAAUCAUUGAGAAGUCUAGAAAUCUUGCUAAUAUUGUACCUGGUGAAAAGGAGUACUGCCAAUUUUAAUCAAGGGAUAAUGGCACCAGGUGGAGUUAGACCCCCUCGCACAUCACACGCAGCCUCUCAGUUGUGAUGCACUAGUAAUUGAGUUAAUCACAUACCUACAAAUUAUUUCCUUGGAAUUAUUAUGUUCAUUUUCGGCAGACGCAGUAUUAUCCAACUCCCAUAUCUCUUGAAAAAUAGAUCUGCCAAAGAUUAACAAAGUAGGAAGAGGAGAUGCUCUUAAUGCAAAGCUUAGUGAUCACAUAAGGAAAAAGAACGAAAAGCCUACAAUAACGAUCAAACCAGGUAAAAAGAUUCCAACUGAAAUAGGAAUCAUCGUCAGAAAGUUUGCACCGUGGUCGACUCCCCCCAAAUGGAAGUCAAUUGGAAAAUCAGAUCUGAAGAAAUUUUAUGAUCUCAUAUUGGAAAAAUUCACUAUUGAUCUACAUGUAGUACGCAUUCAGAAGGCGGUCAAAACAAUGCUAGCAAAUGAGUACAGACAGUUUAGAUGCACACUUCACAAACACUACCUGCAGUACAAACAAGAUGGAACAGAACGGGAGAACCCGCAUCAUCAGGUUAAGCAGGAGGAUUGGGAGAAACUUUGCACUUGGUUUGAGUCUGAUGAGUUUCAGACAAGUAGCACUCAAGGUAAAAAAAGUCGAGAAGCGAAUACAACCGUUCAUUGUACGGGGUCAAAACCUUUUGCCCGCUAUAGAGAGGAAAUGUGUGAUCCAGUAACAGGUGAAGUUGUUGAACAAAUUGAAUUCUACAAGUUAACCCACUGCAAAAAUGAUAUUUGGACAUGUCAUACGGCGGAGGAAAACUAUGGUAAAACGCUUGAACUCCGAGCUGCGCCUACACCUGAAGGUUCAACACCCUUGACCGAUGCUCAAAUAUGUGAGGAAGUGCUAGGUGUAAGAUCCGGUUAUGUCAAGGGUCUUGGUCAUGGGUAUGAAAAACCUAGCUCGUCUAGCAUUGAAUAUGAUGCGGAGUUAGGCGAAGCUCUUAGGAGGGCAGAUGAAGCAGAGAAGAGAAAUAAGGAACUUGAAGAAAGAGUUAAUGAGCAAAAUCGCACAAUACAGGAGCUGGUAACUGACACAAGGGAUAUGAGAAGAAUGUUGCUUGAAAUGCAGGGAAACUGUCAAAGCACUCCUGAGAACCGUCAAAGCACCUCUUGAGAUGAUUGUUAAGGGACCAACAAUUGAGAUGUGCGUCUCUGUUUCUUUUUUUAGCUUUAUGUUUCAAAGUGGUAUCGUUUUUUCUUCAGUUUAGAAUUAGCUUUAUGUUUCACUUUUGAAAUUUGUAGUGGUAUCGUUUCUUUUUUUCAGUUUAGAAUUUUAAUUUUCUUAAUUAGUGGUGUCAUUUAAUGAACAAUGUAGAUCUUUUCUAUUAAUGAUUUGCUUUUUUUC